AAGUGCAUGGAUUUUACCAAUAAAAAAAUACCAUGUGUGUUCUGUAGGAGUAUUUUUUGUUUUAGAAAUAGUAUUGUCAUUCAAUUUCAAACUUAUCUGAAGGUCAAGUAGUUAUCAAAAAUAUAAUUCUUCACAUCAGAUAAGUUACUAGAUCUUUUUGAAAAUAGAGUGUUUGUUGAUCAAUUAUGAGUUUCAAGAAAAUAAAUUGUGAAUUAAUCAAAGAUGUGUUUGAAAGCAUGAAAUACGUUGAGAAAAAAGAAGACUUCAGAGGUGCAAUGGGGGAAUUUCUCAAACAUCAAACAACGGAGGAGCUAAAAGUACUCUUAUCAUCAAUCAGCAAAAAUGAUAAAUGGAGCGAAUUGAGCAAUGAAAAUAGAUCCGAUUUACUUGAUAAAUUCGCUACAGAAAUUGAAAAAGCAAUAGAUUCCUUCGCUGAAUUGGAAAGAAGGAUAAAGAAAGUUGAAACAGUUUUCUUGAAGGAAAAAUCUCUUCCAUAUUUGGUGAAAACUUUGAGAUAUUAUGCCAAUUUGUGUCAAUUAGUGAAAGUAGGUCAAAAAGGACUUGUAGUAUGUAAGUUAAGUGAUAAUAGUUGUAUUUCAUUGUUGGGCUAUACCCUCGGCCCUGCGUUAGCCACUGGAUUCAAAGUGUUGUUUGUCAGUUCCCCUAAAAUGGGAUGCUUUAUUGAAUUCAUCGUAUCUUUAGCAUUGAGAGUAGGUUUCCCCAAAGAAACCAUAUCAGUUAUAUCUGAGGAUAAUAAUUUAGAUGUAGUGUUGAAGCAUGCUACAGUUGUCCAUUGCUUCGAUAAUGUAGAUGAUAAAUUUCAGAGCGAAAGAAUGCUCGGAAUUGUGCCUUUGCUGAUGCCAAUCAUAAUUUUUGAUAGUUCCGAUUUAGAUUCUGCAUGUGAUUCAGUAAUAAAUUCUACUUGGAAAGAUCAACUAGUAUUCACAUCUUUAGCUAAGGAAAUUUUUGUACAAGAAACUAUAUAUGAAGUAUUCAUAAAAAAAUUGAAAGACAAAAUUAAUUUCAGUACUUCCAAAUUGGGCAACAAUAAUUUCUCAGAAACAUUGCAGAACCUCCUAUUAGAUGCUGAAAAGAAUGGUGUGGAAACAUAUACUUCCCACUAUGGUCAUGUUUUAUUUCUUGGCGGUAGGGUUAUUAGUAAAGAUUCCAGUGCUGCACCAUGUGCUUCAGUGUCAGCGUUCAGAAAUAUAGAUGAAGCUAUUGCGUUAGCUAAUAAUAAUGUUCAAGGAUUCUCAGCAUCAGUUUGGACAGAAAAUAUUGGCAUAGCAAAUUAUGUGGCACAGAAACUGGAUGUUUGUAAUGUCUGGAUAAAUUCUUUCGGUAUUUACUCCCCAGAUGUUACUUUCACACCACGGAAAUUGAGUGGAAAAGGAUAUUUUGGUGGACUUCAAGGUUUUCAUGACCUCCUCUUUUACAACAAGGAUAUUAUGGGUUUUACAGGGAGUAAAGUAUCUUAUGAAGAAAAGGAUAUAUUGAAAUCUAUAACUUCUGCAAAAAAUGCUCAACCUAAAUGGAAAUCAAUCGAAAAAUCUGUAAAAAUAAAGCAGUUCAGUGCCUUGAUCAAAUUCAUUGAAAAUAACAAGAAUAAAUUUAAAAAUGAUGAAAUUUCUGAAGAAUGGUUCCGUGAAUGGAAAACGUUCUUUUAUCAAUAUAUAGAUUCAAAUCAAAAUCCUUCGAUAUUAUCACCUUAUAAAGAAUACAAUCUUAAUAUUUCCUACUCGCCUAAAGGUGUGCUGGUUGCUGAAUUCACCAAGUACAUCAGUAACCACAAUAAGCGAUUGCUGAUUGCCAGUAUUCUACAAGGAAAUUGCUUAGUUGUGCUCAAUCAGUAUGAUAAAUUGCAAGGAUUUUAUAAUGAGCUGUCUGAACAAUUACCUACAGGUGUUCUUAAAGUUCUUCCCUAUAGUUAUGGAGCCAGCGGUGCUGCAGUCAAGAAUCCAAUGGUUGAUUGUUAUUUCAAUGAAUACAAAAUAGAUGAGAAGUUGGGAUUAUGUGAUAAAUUUAUGUCGGUUAGUAAUUGCUGGUCGGAUGUUAACAACAAAGUUUCUUAUGUCAAAAAUGUAUGGUCCAAUAUUGGACAAGGGUAUCUUGUUUAAGCUGCAUGUAAUUGUUUAUGUUGUAUUGCUGCACUUUUGAAAUAAAAUUUUCAUAUUUUUUCUUGGUUAAA